CAAAAGUCAUUCAUAGGAUGUAAUACCGUCCAAUUUUUAUUGGAAUUAUUCUAGAAUGUAAAAAAUUAUAUCAAGAAGCGGUAUACUUGAAUUGGGCCAAAAUGUCCUCCCCAAGAGUACGUAGAAGAGGUAUACAGCGUAUGUAUUCUGCAGAAGAUGAAGUACUUGAUAAAGUUGUUCAAGAAGCUGAAGCUCGGCUUGUUGCGAGGCGACAAGCUAGAGCUGAAGCUCGGGAGAUACGAAUGCGGGAAAUAGAAAAGCAGAAAGAGGCUGAAGAGCAUGAUGGACGAGGAGAAUCUCAAUAUGAUGAUCACAUUAGUGUAGAACCUUCAAGACCUCCUAGAGGAAUCAGAAAUGAUAAUCAAAAACGAUCUUCAUCUUAUGUUGGCUCCCGUGACAGCUCACGUAGGAGUAGUGAAGAAUACCCUGAUGUAAUAGGAAGUAAAGAAUACAAGCUUUUAACAAAUCAAGUUAUGGAACUGGAAGAAAAGUUUCGUAAAGCCAUGAUAACAACAGCUCAGCUAGACAAUGAAAAGACUACAUUAUCCUAUCAAGUUGACACAUUAAAGGAUGAACUCCAUGAAAUUGAAGAAAUGUAUUUAUUAGUUCAAAAGGACUUCAGGAAUGUGUCAAGGGCUCAUGAUUUGCUAAAUCAGGACUUCAAAGAUCUCAAUAACCAAAAUGAACUUCUGAAACAAUGCAUAAAAUUCAGAGAUGAAUUAAUAGCAGAACAUGGUUUAGUCCUUGUUGGAGGAGAAGAAGAGGAGGAAGACAUUAGAGAAGACGAUGAUGAUAAUCUGUCAGAUGGAGAAAAAAAGAAAUUGGAAUCCAAAAGACAGAAAAGGAUUGCAAAAAUGGCUCUUGUUUCACAGGAAGGAGCCGACAUUUUGAAAAAUGCAGGAUCUGGAAAUUUAGAUGUGCGGUUAAAGAAGAUAGCUGAAGAGAAACAAGAUCUUUUAGAUGAGAUUUACAGAUUAAGAUUAGAUUUGGAGGAAGAGAGACAAAAAGCAUACAAAUUAGAUCAAUUAUCUCUUAUGAGGACAGGAGCUAAUGGUCCUGAAAUGAAACUUCUAGAAGUACAAAGGGAAGCCAAUAAGCAAGUUAGCGACUACAAAUAUAGGUUGAAGAGAGCUGAGCAAGAAAUCACAACUCUGCAGAGUAGUGUGUCUCGACUGGAAGGGCAGUUAAACAGAUACAAGACUCAGGCAGAAAGUGCUGAAGCAACUGAAGACGAAUUGAAAGCAGAGAAACGAAAACUUCAAAGAGAGUUUCGAGAAGCACUCGCAAGAAUAGAAGAACUGGAAACUGCAAAUAGUCAUUUACAGAAGCGAAUUGAUAAACUAAAAACGGUGAAAAGUGUUCUGAUUAAGACUUGA